AUGUCUUUCAGCUCAUCACCCAGAUCGUUCCAUUACCCACCCAACGGUGGCAUGAGUCGGGACUACACACACCAACAGCCCGAGCCGUCGCGUUCCUCUUCUGGUGACUCUCUUCAGUCACGUUCUAAUCAGCUGUACAUGGGUGACUUAGAUUCUAGUUGGGAUGAGAACUCUGUCCGCUCGAUAUGGGCAAGUAUGGGUGAACCUAACGUGCAAGUAAAGAUGAUUAGAAAUACAAGCUCAUCUGUCGCCAAUUCGGGGUAUUGCUUCAUCGAAUUCCCCUCUCACUUGAACGCAUCGAACGCGCUUUUGAAGAAUGGACUCCCAAUUCCCAAUGCUCCAAAUAAAGUUCUUAAGUUGAAUUGGGCCUCUUUUGCAACAGCACCAGGAAAUGAGUUCUCGAUAUUUGUUGGUGAUCUGGCUCCAAAUGUGACAGAAUCGCAGCUAUUCGAGCUUUUCAUCUCCCGCUACGCCUCGACGCUCAAUGCAAAAAUAGUUUUUGACCAAGUGACUGGGGUCUCUAAAGGUUAUGGUUUCGUUAAAUUUGGACACGAAACUGAGCAGCAGAGAGCGUUGUUAGAAAUGCAAGGUGUUUUUCUGAACGGGCGAGCAAUUCGCGUGAGUACUACUUCCAAGAGUAGAUCGAAAUUUCAGCAACAGAGUUCACAGUCUCACAUGCAAUCUCAACAGCUUCCUUCUUCACAGUUGCAGUCUCAAUUUGUCUAUCCGGUACAGCAACAGCCUGCUAUUACUCAGUUCACAGACCCCAAUAACACGACAGUUUUUAUAGGAGGACUGUCUUCACUAGUUACGGAAGAUGAGCUGCGUUCUUAUUUUCAACCUUUUGGUUCAAUUGUUUACGUUAAAAUUCCUGUCGGCAAAGGAUGUGGGUUUGUUCAGUACGUGGAAAGAAUUUCCGCUGAAACUGCUAUAGCCAAAAUGCAAGGAUUUCCAAUUGGGAACUCGAGGAUCAGGCUUUCGUGGGGUAGAAGUGCUAAGCAAGCAGCCGCCAUGCAACAAGCAUUUGCUUCUGCGCUGCAGCAGCAGCAAUUACAGCAACAACAACAGCGUCUGCAGCAUCAACAGAUAUUGCAACAGCAGCAACCCUCUAAUUUGCCUUAUCAGCCACAACCUGCCAUGCCAACUUCCUACGGUUAUUCCUCAACUUGGGAUUCUCUGAAUGGCAAUUAUAUGCCAAUGUCACAGACUUCAUCUAUAGGCUCAAUUUACAACACAGCGGGUUCUUCCUCAAAUUCUCUUUUGGCUGGAAUUACUAAUUUGGAUUACAAUGGCUUAUCAAUGAAUAUUACUUCAUCUAAUAAUGGUUUUAAUUACGUUCCCAGCUAUUCCAACUCCUCUGCUGUCAUCGAAACCUCUGCGCAAGUACCUGGACCAGUUGAGAAUGGUUUUCUAAACGACACGCCGUCUCAUCCACAAAUUAUGGUCCAAGGAAAUGAUGUUUACGUCAAGAGAAAAUCCGAAACGGUGGAUAGGUUGGAGAAGGGUAGUAAUGGGUUUAUUUUUGCCUGA